AGUGUGUGUGAGUGUGAGAGACGCGUUGAGCGCGCGCAGCCAUGAUCUCGGCACUGUUUUGAAAACAUGGACUCCAGUUCUCGUCAUUUAACACUGUUUUACAUCGUUUUUCUGACUCUUACGUGCCAUGUGGCGCUAGGAGAGGACACCGCCGACUGUCCUGCAGAUGGACGCACGUGGUUGCCAUUCAGCUUCAACUGCUAUCACUUCGUCCAUGGAGAGGAGGAUGUUGCCAAAAGCUACUCCAUUCAAGAUGCAAAAGACAUGUGCAGAGAAUAUGAUCUCUUGACAGUAAAAAGUGCGGAGGAGAAUGACUUCAUCGUUAAGUACAGUCCUUCUGUAUGGGAAGGUAAAAUGAGCGUCUGGCUUGGAAUGUACUACGACAGCGACGAAGAUGUCUUUAAGUGGCAUGAUGAUAACGGCGUGUUGCGCUACAGUAACUGGGAGGGCGGCGGCUCUGAUGACACUGAUCUGCCUCUCUUGGACACGUGUGUCGUUCUUCACUCCAACACAGGGAAGUGGGAAAACGUCAGCUGCACGGGUGAACCUGAGAACGGAGUAGUGUGUAAGACGGAGGCAGUCUGGAUAAGCCCACCUAAGGGCAGUCCUCUUCUGUCAGCUCUGGUCAUCAUCAGCGUGGUGCUGAUACUGGUCGUUUCUGCAGUGGUUUGGUUCUUUCAUCAGAGAAACACCCCAGGCUCAUCCAUCCUGAACCUGAUCGAGUACCAUCCGCCCUUCAGAUCCCCUUCCUCCGAUCAGGCCUGCUUGGUAGAAGCUGAAGAAAUCGAGGUGGUACCUUAGUGUUUUUCAUCCGUGCCCGGGAGAGAAUAAGCAGCAGGCGUUCAUGGGAGAUUGUGAACUCUUCCCUUUUCACUGGUUCCUCAGCGACGGUCCUCACAGAAGAAAACGAGGCAGUCGUGACUCAAAUGAUCUCUUUCUCUGGGGUGGAAUGGAGGACUGUGUGGGGAAAUAUGAUCUGUGUGAAUGCCAUGUGUGAUAUAAAUUGCUGGGGGUUUAUUACGCAGGACCAUUAAGCACACUGAUCUUUCCUUCUCCUUGAAGACUCGGCUGUUUAGUGACUCUAUUUGCUUUACUAAUAUUUUCUGAGCUGCAAUUUGUCGCUUCUGUGAAAAAAGUUUCAUCGAGUCCUUAAAGCGAAUCAUGUCCACAGGCUGGUCCAAGCCUGAAAAUGUAAUCAGAAGAAAAUCUACAUUUUAUUAUAAUAUUAUUUGUAUUAUUGUUAUUAAGGGAUAAUUGAUAAUUAAUUGAUUGCAGCUCUUUUUCAUAACAUACAUUUUCAUAGACACCACUAUCAAGCACCGAAAAGGCCAUAUAUGCUGCCAUAUAUUUUUGUGCACUAUGAGUUGAUUUGUGUGAGAUUUGCAUGAGAAACAGACUGAAGUUUCAGUCGUAAUUCAGUUGAAUUUUGUCCUCAUCAGUCAUCACAAAACUUUGAAUUGUUUGUUAAUGUUGUGUGUGCCAAAUUCUGUUUCUGUUGUGAGAUUCACAAAAUAGGAAGUUUUGUCAGAUUUCUUCCUUUGCGGUAGGACCAGUGUUUAUUUUCUGUCUUUCUCAGCUGAAAAGGUUACAAAUAUGUGUUUGUCACUGCUAUCACUGUAUAAGCACCUCAAGUUCGUAGAUACAAAUACUUCAUGAUUGCCAAUCGCAAUAUUUUUUAAUGAUGUUGUAAUUGUUGUUUUUAGAAUUGGAUUUGCCACUAACAGUCUUCAGUAUCUAUAUUGUUAUGAAUGAAUCCAAUUGUGUUAAAAUUAAGGCUUUAUUUAUCCAUAGGUGAACAACAAGCCAUAGAGAAACUAAUCAAGUGUUGGUCUUUCAAAAUGAAUAAAGACUUGUC